AUGGUGAAGUACAUUUGGGACCGCGCUUUCGAUCGCGGCGGAGAGGAAAUUGGGGAUGCCCUUAACCCACGUCUGUUUGUUCCGACUGAUGAAGAACCCCUCGGAUACUUACGCUUCAACCGUAGAAGUCGUGAAGAUGUCCUCGGCGUACGGCUUGACUAUCAGUUCACGCAACGAAUGAACAUUCUUGGUGGUUUCCAAUAUAGGAAGUUCACCAACCGGGAUAAUAACUUCAAAGAAUAUUUGACGAAUUUCCCGGAAGAUGAGGAUGUACCCAUCCUUUUCCGACCCGACCUACGAACACGGAUAUUUGAAGUUCAAGCAAUCAACCGUGGUGAAUGGCUUGGGUUUAACAUUGUUAUCCUCGCUGGUUACCGGCGAACCACCAUCCUGCUCGACCAUACGACGAGUAACACGACGUUUGUGCGAGCAAUGAUGGGCUUCUAA